UUCUUGUUUCCCUCUGCUUUUAACCGCAGCAGCUGAAGGCCGUACACAUUCAACAUCAUGCUGCCGUCUCGCGUCUUUUUCUCGCGUUUACACCCGACCUGCGCGUUUCUCACGCGCGCAACAGGCUCUCGACUUUGCUAAACAAACUAUUCUUGCGUGUAAGUGGGUUGUUUAUAUGCUUUAAUGAAGGCUACCGAAUAUCGCGCCGCGUAGCGAGUCCGAGCCGCACAAAGAAAGAUUAUGGAGUGAGCGCGCGAGCAUAACAACAACAAUAAAUAACAGUAUGGCGUUAUCCGUGAUUCAAGCUUGUCGUAGUUUGGCCCUGUCCACCUGGCUGCUGUCUUUCUGUUUCGUGCAUCUGCUGUGUUUGGACUUUACGGUGGCGGAGAAGGAGGAAUGGUACACGGCGUUCGUGAACAUCACGUACGAGGAUCCGGACACGUCCGAGGUCCGAACGGAGAAAACGGAGUGCGGCCGUUACGGCGAGCACGCGCUGAAGCGCGAGGCCAGGGGCGUGCUGGCGAUGCCCGCCGCUCCACAGGACAGACACGCUUGCGACCCCAACACCAGGUUCGUGCCCCGGAGACCCGGCGCGUGGAUCGCGCUUAUCAGCCCGGGAAACUGCACGUUUAAGGAUAAAAUCAAACAUGCUGUGGGACACAACGCGUCCGCCGUGGUCAUAUUCAACGUGGGAUCUUCCAACUCCAAUGAGACCAUAACAAUGCCGCAUCCAGGCACUGGUGAUGUGGUGGCCAUCAUGAUUCCAGAGCCGAAGGGUCGUGAGCUGGUUCUGCUCCUCGAGCGAAACAUCACAGUCACCAUGCACAUCACCAUAGGAACACGGAACCUCCAGAAAUACGUCAGCCGCACCUCCGUGGUCUUCGUCUCCAUCUCCUUCAUCAUCCUCAUGAUCAUCUCUUUGGCCUGGCUCGUCUUUUACUACAUCCAGCGCUUCAGAUACGCCAACGCCAGAGACCGCAACCAGAGGAGACUGGGGGACGCUGCCAAAAAAGCCAUCAGCCAGUUACAGGUGCGGACCAUCAGGAAAGGCGAUCAGGAGACAGAAUGUGAUUUCGAUAACUGUGCCGUGUGUAUCGAGGGAUAUAAGCCGAACGACGUGGUGAGAAUCUUGCCGUGCAGGCAUCUCUUUCACAAAGGUUGUGUUGACCCCUGGUUGGUGGAUCAUCGCACGUGUCCCAUGUGUAAAAUGAACAUUCUCAAAGCUCUCGGCCUUACGUCCAGCGCAGAAUGUCUAAAUGAGUUUCCUAUGGACUAUGAGCUCGCUGUCGGGGGGGUUGCUCUCAACGCCAUGGUGAUGACUGAUGAUGUCACGGUGGGCGAUGUCACCGGUGGGCGGGACCCUGGUGUCAGGAUGGUGGGUCUCCCUCAGGUCCUCUUGGACUCUGAAACUCUUUCACAGGACACUUUCCCAACCGAGCAAAGUGAACUACAGCCGAUAGCCAGUGGCAGUUCUGAAUGCUCGCUCGCUAUAAUGCCGGGACACUCGGACAUUGACACGCCCCCUGACGACCCGAAGUGCUGAUCUAGCCACACCCACUCAUGUUACACAUCAGUAGUUCGGUUUGCCCAUGGCGACCGGAAUGGGUGACCACGGCGAUGGGCUUCGACAGGUUGAAUGGGCUUUAAUCUGAGUGGAAUUUUGGCUGGUGAUAAUAUAACACACACUGCCCGUCAUACACACACCCUGACCCUCAGACGACAGUUCCCCUUCCUAUUUCUUCCUGUAAAGCAGGGUUCCCUCUCCUAAAAUGGCCAGAGCCCCAAAGUGUGCACGCAAGAGUGCCAGCAAGAGAAUGCACUUGAGUUAAAGCACUUGUUCAGUAUUGGCAGACAAUUCAUUCCGCUCUGCUCGACAAUCAGAUCGCCUCCUCCUCCCUUCCCUAUCGUCGUGACGUUCGCUGCCUGUAUUUCUGUCAUCUCUGAGAUCCAGAGAAGAACACGCUAAAGACUAUUUUGAAUCUGAAGUAAAGUCGGUUUAUUUUUCUACAGAGAUGUUUGAGUUGUGCAGGAUUAAAAGACUGGCAGUAUCGGAGACGCACGUCUGAGUGCUUGGAUUUGACCGAAGGCCGCUGGCGAGAUGGACAUUGUUGAUUCUACGUGUGUGUUAAAAAAGGAACCGUGGAGCUUUCUAGAAAGUUAUCUUGGGAUUCUGUGGAGUGGGUCAUGUGAUGUUUGCCAUGCAUGCCACAUGUCCUGUCCACCUGUGUUUGGAUUCUAGUGGAUUCCAUUUAAAGAGAUCAUUCACGCACAAAUGAAAAUCUCCGUCAUUGUGUUUUCACCCUCGUGUACACCAAACUCACACGUGCGGUUUUCCUCUUCAAGGAACACAAGAAAAUGUCUUUAAAGUCUUUAAAAAAAAGUCUGACUGUAUCUUGAAAGCGAGUGUGUGUGCAUUACUUAAGCCAUCUUUGGUUUUACAGACAAGCUGCAUUAAAAAUGCAAAUCUUCUGCUUUGCAUUUGACAGAGAAAGCAGUAUAUGGGUCAUCAGAGAGAUGAGGGUGAGAGUAAAUGAUGACGGCGGUUUCAUGCGUGUGUGUGUGUGUAUCUGCAACUCAUUCUUACUCAUUUGGUUUAACUGUGUAUUGUAAAUAGGAGAAUAGGUUUUGUCGUUCAUUUUCUCCUUGAUUGCAAAGUUUCUGUCAUGCACUUUAUGUAUUUAAAGGUUGAAUUUCAUUUGGUAUUCAGAUUACGAGAUUUGUAUAUUUACACACACAUCACACAGUUAUUAUUAUAGACGCAACACAAAUAACCUCUCUCACACACACAAAUACACACAGUAUUUCACCCUUCUUUUGUGAUAAACGCACAUACAGUUGCGUUUUGUUCCCAUGGUUAAUAUUUUGCACGUGUUUCAGUUAGACAGUGCUUUGAAUAUUAAUAAAUUUGAAUGUAUGUUU